AUGACAGAAGGAAGUGAAUACUUAAAAGUUCCACAUGAUGUUGUUGGAGAUAUUCCAAAUACAGAAUGUCCAAUUACAAUUAGUGAUGU